AUGGCACCGUCCUUUAUUUCAAUGCUCAUGGCACACCAUCCUACUGACAAACGAAGUCGUAUUGAAUCAUCAACCACAACCACAAGAAGAAGUAUUGCAAGUAUCACAGAUCCUCCCUCGGGUGUGACACUACCGCACUUAAUCCAAAGUACUUCAUCCCGCACUGAGGGACUUGACUUUCGACCACGACUUCCUGAUUUUCAACACCCCCCUUUUGGGCAACACCCGUCUUCAAAAGUAACAGCAGCAGCAACUUCGUCAUCAAUUCCAUCACCAUAUUGGAAUGAUCGACAAAAGGUGCAGGAUUUUUUUCAACAUACACAACAAUUAGAUGAGGACCAUCAUUCUCUUCAAGAUACGAAAAUAGUCCAAAGUAAUGAUAAGAUUAUUGAUGUACGGGAAUUAAUUACAACGAAUAAAACGACUAAAACGCGUCGAGGGUCGUCUGAGACGUCGUCUACGUCUUCUGAGGAGAAUCAACAGGAAGAAGACGAAGAAGACGUGGUCUUACGUGGUGCAAUAACAGGAAAAGGACGAUUACAAAGUGCUUUAGAAGAUCUAUUAGCACGACAAAGAAGAAGAAGAAGAAGAAGAAUUGGAUCAUGA